AUGGUGCCACAACCUGGACCUUGUGAACUACGGCUGUGGGCUAAACUCCUUCAUUGCCCCUCUCAGCUGCUCCCUGACCUCUUCUCCAGGUUUCGGAGCCCGCAGUUGCCACUGGAAAGCAGACGCGCUGUUCGGCUUCAUGUGCCAUCCUUGGCAGCUGGACGUGCUGCAUGUUGCCUCGCCCUCCUGCCCGAUGGCCAGGACAGCUGCCCAGGCUGUUACGUCUGUGCUUGUCAGCGUCUCCGGUCACCUCUCCGCAUGGACAGCGGGCUGUGGGCCGAGGGGAAGGGCCCCGAGCUGGGGCAGGGAGCGGCUCCCGAGGGCAGACAGUGGAUCGCAGCCUGUCUCUGUCUCAUCAUCAUCCUGACCACAGCGGGCAAUUCUCUCCUUAUCCUGCUCAUUUUCACACAACGCUCUCUCCGCAACACUUCCAACUAUUUCCUGGUCUCCCUUUUCAUGUCUGACUUGAUGGUGGGGCUGGUUGUAAUGCCUCCGGCUAUGUUGAACGAACUGUACGGAAGAUGGGUGCUGGAGAGUGAGGUGUGCUCGAUUUGGUACUCCUUUGAUGUUAUGUGUUGUAGCGCUUCCAUCCUGAACCUGUGUGUGAUCAGCCUGGACAGAUACUUCCUCAUUAUCUCCCCUCUCAAAUACAAACUGCGGAUGACCUCUUGCCGAGCUUUGUUUCUCAUUUUCACCACUUGGACCCUGGCCGCCUUGGCUUCGUUCCUGCCUAUCGAGAUGGGCUGGCAUGAGAUGGAUUUUGAUGCCCAGGCGCUCAACUCCACGCUGGAGCUGCCAGAGGAGGCGGCUCAGUGUCGCCUCCUGGUCAGCCUGCCCUACGCUCUCAUCGCCUCGUCUCUCACCUUCUUCCUGCCCUCGGUCGCUAUCUGCUUCACCUACUACCGGAUCCUGUUGGCGGCCAAGAAGCAAGCAGUGCAAGUGGCUUCCCUCACCACUAAUGUGGCGACCACCUCUGAUGAACCGGUGCAGCUCCAGGGAGCUCAGAAUCCAUCAGCCAGAACCAGCGACAGCAGAAAAUUCACCACCAAGCACAGCAAGAGGGCUCUCAAGGCAAGCCUGACCCUGGGGGUCUUGCUGGGAAUGUUCUUUGUGGCCUGGUUGCCGUUCUUCGUGGCCAAUGUAACACAGGCGGUGUGUGAAUGUGUCCCCGCUCUUCUCUUUGACGUCCUGACCUGGCUCGGUUACUGUAAUAGUACCAUGAAUCCCAUCAUCUACCCUCUCUUCAUGCGGGAUUUCAAACGGGCCAUGGCCAAAUAUUUACCUUGUUGCCGCCGCUGGUGGGAGCGGCGACCAAGUGUCGUUUCCUUGUCCAUGAGAAACUCCAACAGCGGCCGGCGUUUGGGCCUGUCCCUCCCAACCCUGCCGCCAGGGACAGGCUCUGGCGACUCGGUGAUUCAGGUGAACGAACACAUCCUCCUGGCAGCUGGCAAGGACCAGCAGCUGAUCAAGGACAAGCAGCUGGAGGACUCACUGCAGCUCUUCCAGCUGGAGCAGACUGACCAGGAAUUCCAGGGAAACCCACUGAACACACCAAUGGACUAA